AAACCACUUGGUUCCUAGAUCAUUAUUUGCAUUACUCCUACAGUUCUGACCCCUGCCAGUGAUACACUCUUCUCCCGACUACUAUCCCUACGCCUGCUUCUAUCCCUUCAUCCAGAAAAAUGGCUGACCCUAAGAUCCAUUCUCCCAAAAAGAGAACCCCCUCAAAAUCCGAGACGGAUAAGAGAAGAACUCCUUCCUUCUCCAACACAUCGUCGCCGUGGUUCAGGCGAAACUCCUUCUUGUCGCCCGCCAUGAUUCACAGCGAAAACAUCUCCGUUUAUGAAUGCCCCAACUAUUACAGCGAUAGUUCUACCUAUAACAUUAUUUCCUUGAAAGAAUGCCAGGGGUUCAUUUUCAACCAGGACCUCUUUGCAUCUCCGUACCAGCAGCAGCGGACAUUGAUAAGCGAGCGCAAGCUCAGAGCCAUGAGCCACUCGUUCCACAAGUCCCGCUCCAACUCGAGUUCUCAUUCCCGCUCCAACUCCAUGUCGGGGCCAACGGGAACUCAGCGCCGCCACACGUCCUACCACGGCCACAAGCCGGUGUUUGCGACCGCCAUUAUCGACAACUCCGCCAUAGAAGACGAUGACGAGGACGUCUCCAAUUCCAGCGUUCGAGAAGCUUUCAACCAGUUUGAAAACACCACGGUAGAUAUCGAAUUGGACACUCAGGACGAGGACAUCGACGGCCUCGCGGUUGAGGAUGCUGACGACGUGGACGUGCUUGUGGGAGAGGGAACGGGUGGCAUGUACAAGGUGCACGUGACAGAGAUUGUAGUGAAUGAUAGUGACGACAUUUUUCCCGUCAGGCAAUAGCCCUAGCUGUGUUGAUCUUAUGUUGAUACCCAUGGUUCAAUCCCGCUUAUCUCUGUUGCUGCUCAUAUCGUUCAUUCUCAUAUACUCAAUUCACAUAUAGUUCAUUUUCAUUUAGUUCAUUUUCAUAUAGUUCAUUUUCAUAUAGUUCAUCUACUUCUC